GCGCCGUAACGACACCGGGGGGGGGGGGGGGGUCGGCCUCCCCUCGGCCGCCGGGACGGGCAGCGGCUGCGGAGCCGUAAGGAAGGCGGCGCUGGCCCGCGGGUGGGGACGGCGGUUCGGAAGAAACAGCCCAAGCAAAUAGAGGUGAUGUAUGCGUAACACAGCGCAUGCAACGUUCAACCGUAGUACAAGACACCACUAUGGCUGCUACAGUGAACUUGGAGCUUGAUCCCAUUUUUCUGAAAGCCCUGGGCUUCUUGCAUUCUAAGAGUAAGGACUCUGCUGAAAAGCUGAAAGCGCUUCUUGAUGAGUCUUUGGCCAGAGGAACUGACUCAAGCUAUCGUCCAUCUCAGAAGGAAGUAGAGCAACCAAAAGUAUCUGUUACCAAACCUAUUUCCAGUAAGCAAGAGCCUAAACCUUCUUCUAGUUUGCCUUCUGGCAACAGCAAUGGCAAGCCCACUGCAUCAGAAAAGGUGAAAAAAGAAACAGAAAAGAGAUCUGCUGAUAAAAUAAAAGGGGAUACCGCUGAAGGAGCUGAUACACCAAAGAAGCCCAGACUAGAGAAGCAGGAGGCUCGUUCCUCUCCUAUUACAGUUCAGACGAGCAAGGAUUUAUCCAUGCCUGAUUUAUCUAGCUUUGAGGAAACCAGUGCUGAUGACUUUGCUAUGGAAAUGGGAUUAGCCUGUGUUGUUUGCAGGCAAAUGACAGUUACUUCUGGGAAUCAGCUAGUGGAGUGUCAGGAGUGCCAUAAUCUCUACCACCAGGAUUGCCAUAAACCUCAGGUGACAGACAAGGAAGUGAAUGAUCCUCGACUUGUAUGGUAUUGUGCCCGCUGUACCAGGCAGAUGAAGAGAAUGGCUCAGAAGACACAAAAACCACCUCAAAAACCAGCUCCUGCAGUGGUUUCAGUUGCACCAGCUGUGAAGGAUCCGUUGGUCAAGAAGCCAGAAAUUAAGUUAAAACCUGAGACCCCACCAACUUUUCUAGCAUUCAAGAGAACUGAAGUCAAGACCUCAGCGGCAAUUUCGGGGAACUCAGCCAGUACAAGUGUUUCCUCUUCAGCAACCAGUGGCCUUACAGGAUGGGCUGCUUUUGCAGCCAAAACCUCCUCUGCCAACCCAUCAACUGCCAAACUGGGAUCAGCAGCACAGAGCACCAGUGGGAAACCUGCAGCUUCUUCAAAUAACCAGAAACCUGUGGGUUUGUCAGGGUUGGCAACUUCCAAAACAGGACUAGGGUCAAAAAUAGCUUCUGCCAACAACAGCACAAACCCUGUUCAGCUGAAACCUCUUCCACCUCUGACACUGGGGAAAACCACUCUUAGCCGUUCGGUAAGCAGUGACAACGUCAGCAAAGUAGGUCUUCCUAGUCCCAGCAGUACUACACCAAGCACCAGCAGCCAGGUGAGCAGUGGGAAUGGCAACAGUGGGACUGCAGGUAACAGCGGGGGCAGUGCAAGCAAAACCACGGCAGAUACUGGUAAUCAGUCAACCUCCCUAAAAGGCCCGACUUCUCAGGAAUCUCAGCUCAAUGCUAUGAAAAGGUUACAAAUGGUCAAGAAGAAGGCUGCUCAAAAGAAACUCAAGAAGUAGUAUGGCUGCUUGCUAAUUUUGUUCGC